AUGGCCGAGUUUGACCCUAACGUCUGGUACCACAUCUCUGAGGAGAGAGUCACCAACGCAUCUGCGCCCGUCUUCCAUAACACGCUCCAAACGACGACCGAUGGCCUUCGUGUCUUUUCUCUCGUCGCCCAGGCCUGGCAGAUGCAGCCUAUCGACAACGAGCCGGGCCUUUACCUGAUGCGCCACAAUGCUUCCGGCGUUGGCCGACAGCUUUCUGUUUGCUGGGACCCCGAGGAGGACCACAAGUCCAAGACUAUCGCCUGCAUGCAACCCAGCAGCGUUGACGAUGCGCAGAAGCACUACUUCGAAGAAAUUGGCAACACGGGUGCAUUCUUGUGGAAGCCAAAGUCCAACAACUCAGACUACGCCAUGGAUGUCCACCCAGGGUCCAACCUCUUCCUGAACGACCAGAUCCAGGGCGAGACGUCGGAUGCCCAGCACCCGGCGCAGCGAUGGGUGUUUAGCUCGGCACGAGAUGUCAACGACGGGGCUUGGUCAACCAUCUAUUCGGGGGAAUCGGCCGUCAGCUCGGCUCCUCCUCCGGCCACCACAGCCGCUUCCACCUCCGCUACCAGCACCGCAGCCGAGACAACGCCCACAUCCGCCGACAGCUCGCCGGCCGAGACGAGCGGAUCCUCUUCAGCAGCAAAUGAAUCUUCAGGCUCAGAUGGUGGCGGCGGUGGUAUCACCCCCGGCGCCGCAGCGGGCAUCGGUGUCGGCGCCACCCUCGCGGUCCUGGGCCUCAUCGGUGCGCUUGUCUUCUUCUUCUGGCGCCGACGCAGGGCCGCCCGGGCCGCCGCAGCUUCAGGCAGCAAACCCGAAGGUGGCGACUUUAUACACCAGAUGCCGCCCUCGCAAGCCACAACGCCGGCCAACGGCGACACAUACACGGCGUCGAACGAGCACAAGGCUGGUGCUGCAUGGGGCAACGCCUACCCGCAGGGCGACCAGCAGUACAGUGCCGCAACACAACACACGAGCCCGUCUCAGGACAUUCACUCGCCGCACUCAACAGCAUACGGGCACCAGAGUGAGCCCGCCGAAGCGCCCUUCCAACCCAUCCACGAGGCCCCAAGUCACCAGUACAACGAACUCGACGCGGCGCCGCCCCGUUCAAACGGCAUGAACAGUGUGCAGCAGACACCAGCGACGCAAUACGCUGAGACAAGGCCGUUCUGA